AGGUGUUCCGGACAGAUGUCACAGGUGUCCCCUGUCCCCACAGGUGGUGGCCGCUGGAGGUGCCUGUACCCACACUCAGGUGUCACACACAGGUGUCCUAGGUGUCACAGACAGGUGUCCCAGGUGCCCCCCAGGUGUCACAGGUGUCCCCAUGUCCCCGCAGGCGGGCGGCCGCGUGGAGGUGCCUGUACCCACACACAGGUGUCACACACAGGUGUCACACACAGGUGUCCUAGGUGUCACACACAGGUGUCCCAGGUGUCACAGACAGGUGUCCCAGGUGCCCCCCAGGUGUCACAGGUGUCCCCCUGUCCCCGCAGGCGGCGGCCGCGUGGAGGUGCCGCGCAGCGUGACGGCGGUGCUGGGGCAGGACGUGGUGCUGCCGUGCCGUUACCGGGCGCAGGAGCAGGAGCAGGUGGUGCAGGUGACGUGGCUGAAGCGCGGCCCGGGCGCGGCGCCCGCCGAGGUGGCCGUGCUGAACCCGCAGCACGGCGAGCACGUGCAGGAGCCCUUCGCGGGCCGCGUGCUGCGCCACGGCCACGGCGACCUGGGCGACGGCGCCAUCGUCCUGCGCAACGCCGUGCAGGGCGACGAGGGCGACUACGAGUGUCACCUGAUCACCUUCCCCAUGGGCAGCUUCGAGGGGCGCCUGACGCUCAGGGUGCUGGUGCCACCGCUGCCCAUCCUGAACCCGGGCCCGCCGCUGGAGGAGGGCCAGGGCCGGACGCUGGCGGCCUCGUGCACGGCCGAGGGCAGCCCGGUGCCCUCGGUGCGCUGGGAGACCGAGGUGCGCGGCACCAACGCCACGCGGCGCUCGGCCCACGCGCGCUCCGCCUCCGUCACCAGCGAGUUCUUCCUGGUGCCCGGGCGCAGCAUGAACGGCAAGAGCCUCACCUGCGUGGUGGCACACCCCGGCCUGCGCCACGAGAAGAGGAUCACGCACCUGCUCAGCGUCGCCUACCUGUCGGACGUGUCGGUGCUGGGCCACACGGCCGAGUGGCAGGAGGGGAUGGAGGGGGCGGCGCUGACCUGCCUGGGGGAUGGCAACCCCCCCCCGACCUACAACUGGACACGGGUGGACGCGCCACUGCCCGCGGGUGUCAGGGUCAAGGGGGACACGCUGCUGUUCCAGCGGCCGCUGGCCGUGGCCGACGCCGGCGACUACGUGUGCCGAGUGUCCAACCGCGUGGCCGCCAAGGAGGCCCGGGCCAACGUCAGCAUCCGGGGACGCGCCACAGAGGACACCGUGCGCCGCGUGGACCUGGUGUCCGCCUCGGUGGUCGUGGUCGGGGUCAUCGCCGCCGUCCUGCUCUGCGUCCUCGUCAUCGUCGUGGUGGUCAUGACCCUGUACCACAAACGCAAGACCCAGCGCAUCUCCGAGAAGUACGAGGAGGAGCUGACGCUGACCCGGGAGAAUUCCAUCCGGAGGCUCCACUCCAGCCACAGCAGCGACCCCCGGGCACAGCUGGAGGAGACGCUGCAGCUGCGGACGGAGAGUCGCCAGGGCAGCCUGCGAGGGGACAGCCUGAGAGGGGACAGCCUGCGUGGCACCAGCAUCUGCUCCGCCAUGAGCGAGGAGCCCGAGGGCCGCAGUUACUCCACGCUCUCCACGGUGCGGGAGAUCGAGACGCAGACCGACGUCCCCGUCGUCUCCGCUGUCCCCGCGGUGCCACCGCCGCCGGCGCCCGGCGGGAAGGAGCCCAAGGAGGAGGAGGAGGAGGGGGGCGGCGGGGGGGACCCCAUCAAGGCGGCCAUGACGCACUUCGUGCAGGAGAACGGGAUGCUGCAGGCCAAGCCCAGCUCCAACGGCAUCUACAUCAACGGCCGCGGCCACCUGGUGUGAGCCGGGCCCCGGGGGGACACCUGGGGACACCUGGGGACAGCCAGGGCACAGCCAGCCCCCCCCGCACCCGCCCGGCUCUGUCCCCACCGCUCUGGUCCCCGGGUGUCACCUCCCUGCUGGUGUGGGGUCAAGAUGGACUCUGGUCCUUGGUGUCACCUCCCUGCUGGCGUGGGGCUGGGGACAAGGACAGUGCCCCAGGACUGUGUCACCUCCCUGCUGGUGUGGGGUCAAGAUGGACUCUGGUCCCCAAGUGUCACCUCCCUGCUGGCGUGGGGCUGGGGACAAGGACAGUGCCCCAGGACUGGCUGCGGUCCCCGGGUGUCACCUCCCUGCUGGUGUGGGGUCAAGCAAAGACUCUGGUCCCCAAGUGUCACCUCCCUGCUGGCACAUGGAGCUGGGGACACCACCGAGCCCCAGGACAUUCUUCAGUCCCCAAGUGUCACCUUGCUGCUGGCACAGGCUUGGGGACACCACCGAGCUCAAGGACAUCUCCGGUCCCCAAGUGCCACCUCCCUGCCAUCACAGGCUUGGGGACGAGCCCCAGGACAAGCUCCUGUCCCCAGGUGUCCCCUCCCUGCUGGCGUGGGGUCAAGGAUGGACUCUGGUCCCCAAAUGCCACCUCCCUGCUGUCACAGCCUUGGGGACACCACCAAGCCCCGGACAAGCUCCUGUCCCCACGUGCCACCCAACCAGGGGCUGGGGACACUCGUGGUGACACCAGGGACCCCCAGGACUCCCCAAACUCCCCAGGACCGAGCGGGGCAGGAGCCCCCGUGUCCCCCCAAACCCCCCCGGGCUGGGUGGCACUGGGGACAGCCGUGUCCCCUCCCCCGGGCUGGGUGGCACUGGGGACAGCCGUGUCCCCUCCCCUGGGCUGUGGUGGCACUGGGGACAGCCGUGUCCCCUCCCCCGGGCUGUGGUGGCACUGGGGACAGCCGUGUCCCCCCAAACCCCCCGGGCUGUGGUGGCACUGGGGACAGCCGUGUCCCCUCCCCUGGGCUGUGGUGACACUGGGGACAGCCGUGUCCCCUCCCCCCCGAGCUGGGUGGCACUGGGGACAGCCGUGUCCCCUCCCCUGGGCUGUGGUGGCACUGGGGACAGCCGUGUCCCCUCCCCCCCGGGCUGGGGGAGGGGCUGUACAGCCGUGUAUAGACCCUGUAAAUAAAGGACCCGCGGGACUGGGCCCGAGUGUGACACCUUGGGGACACUGGGGACAUGGGGGGGACACCAAGACACGUGGGUAGUGUGGGUGACAUGGG